GCACAUUCCGUGGGAAUUGGAGGAGGCGGGCCCUGAGGGGUGUGGCCGGCCUCCAAGAUCCCAGCAUCCCCUUCGUGCAAGAUGGCGGCGCCCAUGUUGCGGUGCAUUUCCCGUGGCCGGAGGUUUGCUACCCCGGGCCGGUCAGGAGUCCUGCCCCGGGGGCUGCGUGAGAGCCACUCGGGCGCGCAGGGGUUGCUGGCGGUGCAGAAGGCGCGCGGUCUGUUUAAAGAGUUCUUCCCCGAGAAGGGUACGAAGACCGAGCUCCCGGAGCUCUUUGACCACCGCACGGCGGGCACCGUGCCCCAGACCGUCUACUGCGGCUUCGACCCCACGGCCGACUCGCUUCACGUGGGCCAUCUUCUGGCGCUCUUGGGCCUGUUUCACUUCCAGCGAGCGGGCCACAACGUGAUCGCGCUGGUGGGGGGCGCCACCGCGCGCCUGGGAGACCCGAGCGGCCGGAGCAAGGAGCGCGAGGCGCUGGCGGCGGAGCGCGUGCGGAGCAACGCGCGCGCCCUGCGCCGAGGGCUCCAGGCCCUGGCGGCUAACCACCAGCAGCUGUUCGCCGACGGGCGGGCCUGGGGCACGUUCACGGUGCUGGACAACGCCGACUGGUACCAGAAGCAGCCCCUGGUGGACUUCCUAGCGGCGGUGGGCGGCCACUUCCGCAUGGGCACGUUGCUGAGCCGGCUGAGCGUGCAGACCCGCCUCAAGAGCCCCGAAGGAAUGAGUUUGGCCGAGUUUUUAUACCAGGUCCUCCAGGCCUAUGAUUUCUACUACCUGUUCCAGCGGUAUGGAUGCCGGGUCCAGCUGGGUGGAUCUGAUCAGCUGGGCAACAUCAUGUCCGGAUAUGAGUUCAUCCACAAGUUGACUGGAGAAGACGUAUUUGGAAUCUCUGUUCCUCUAAUUACAAGUACCACUGGAGCAAAACUGGGGAAGUCUGCUGGCAAUGCUGUUUGGCUGAACAGAAAUAAGACAUCUCCAUUUGAACUGUAUCAGUUUUUUGUCAGGCAGCAAGAUGAUUUGGUAGAAAGGUACCUGAAGCUCUUUACUUUUCUGCCCCUUCCAGAGAUUGACCAUAUAAUGCAGCUCCAUGUCAAAGAGCCAGAGAAGCGGGGCCCUCAGAAACGGCUUGCUGCCGAAGUAACAAAGCUCGUCCACGGGCAAGAAGGGCUGGACUCGGCUAAAAGGUGUACACAAGCCCUUUAUCACAGCAGCAUAGAUGCACUGGAGGUCAUGUCAGAUCAAGAGUUAAAAGAGUUGUUUAAAGAAGCUUCAUUUUCUGAAUUAGUUCUCGACCCUGGAACAAGCGUCCUAGACACGUGUCGCAAAGCAAAUGCCAUCCCAGAUGGUCCCCGAGGGUAUCGGAUGAUUACAGAAGGAGGAGUCAGUAUAAAUCACAGACAAGUAACAAACCCUGAGAGCGUUCUAGUUGUUGGACAACAUAUUCUUAAGAAUGGACUUUCGUUACUUAAAAUAGGGAAAAGGAACUUCUACAUUAUAAAAUGGCUUCAGCUGUGAAGAGGAAUCCUCCUGGUGGUUCGUCAUUCAUUCAUUCUCAAGACGGACGGACUUAUGCCGUCACUUAAUCAAAUCAAACAACAGAGAAUGGAGUGCACGCUCUAAGCCUCACAGUGUGAGUAAUCUCAUAAUUUAUACAGGGUGGUUACAUUUGUUAUUUAAUAGUGGGAUUUCUACUUCCUGAGCCUUAAACAUUAAGCACGAUUUCCAGGGUGAAUGUCUUCAUGAAAAGCUGUGUGUUGUCUUUCUUGUCCUGUCCUUGCCCUUUUGAAGAUGAGGACGACACUUUAGACGCGGCAGUGUAAGGAAGUGGGGUACUUUUUUAUCAGGUGUUUAUCUCACUGGAUUUUUUGGUUGUUUAGGAAGCAAACUCAGUUCUCCGUAAAAAAGGGGAAGAGUCAGAGGAAGCCAUGGUUGGCAUUAGAAAUUACUGUAGCAAUGAUUUCUUUUCGAAGAAAAGAACAAAAAUCAGUACUUGACUUUUUAGAAAAUUUCUAAUUUAGUUUUCCAGUCUCUCUUGCCUGUGUUUCCAUAUGAUUAAACUUAUUCUUUUUUUUUACUUAGUAAAAAAAGGUAGCAAUAUUUUAUAAAUUUAUAAACUUUUAAGUUAGUUUUAAGUUUAAACAUCUGUCCCCAAGCAGAUUGCAGCUUGAGAUGAACUGAAAAGUUAAGUAACCAACAAGAUAAAACAGAGGAUAAUCAUGUGAGAAUAUCAAAAGAUACUCUGGUAAGGGAAGUUUUCAGGUCAGAUUUAAAGGAUCUGGAAUCAAGGCUUAGUUAAAUUAAGCUCUGCGUUCAUUAGGCAAGCUGGUCCUACAGACCUGUUUUCCAACAUUGAAAAAUCAAGGUACUAUUUCCCCUGAGGAUCAAGUGAAACACAAACACACACACAAGCUGUUUACAGUCACAUCUGUUCUGGAAAAUCUCACAGGCCGCAGAGCAUGGCUUUAGGGUUCCAAUUCAGCGAUUUACUACCUAGGUUGCUUGGAGCAAGUCACUGUCUUCAUAUGCAAAGAUGGAGAUGUAAUACUUCAGUCAGUUACGAAAACCUAAUAGGAAAAAGGUCACUAAACUUUCUUACAGUAUAAGGUGUGCUGCUGUGUUCCAAAGUAGAUUUAAAUGUUAAAAAAGCUGUAGUUUAUCUAAAUUUUCUGGGAUCAAAGUUAGGAAGAAUUCAUUUAUUGACAAACUUAAAUGUCACUUCAUACCAGCAAUUUUAUUUACAUAGUAAAACAUACAGGUAUCCAUUAUAAAUGUCAGAGAUCGUCUCUACAUUUCAGAACUUCACUCAGCUUGAGGGCCAGCCAACAAAAGGAGGUUUUCUCGUUCCAUUCCUGCCUUGCCUGUUUCCCUUUGUACGAGGUGUGUAGUACUAGCAGGUGCGGCACCACAGCAGGUAACAUACUCAAUUUGGAAUUUGUCUGAUAUUCUGGAGAAAGGUGCAUUACGAGUUUUCUCCCCCUUACAAAUUUGAAAACCUGUAACGGAGCGGUAGUCAUCUGGUCUACCUGGAAUUAGGAAGUCACGAGUGGCUACAUGUUUAAUGAUGGUGGAGUGAUUUUGUAAAGUGUGCUGACAUCUGGAAGCAUGCUUUCUGUGAAGAUGGUACUGCUGACAAAUUCAAAGCAGUACCAUGUCAUACCCAACUAAAUCUGGUGUUUUGUGUUUCACAUCAGUUGCUGAGCCUGUCAAAUGGGUACCAGUAACUAAAGGUAGCAGAUGUACUCACAUUGUUCCUGCCAGCAGCCCUUCAUAAACGGAAUAACUCUAAAAGGUUUAAUAUCUGCAGCAUAUAGUUUAUCUUAAAAUCUAGUGUAAUUCAUACGAAGAAUCAUCUGGGGGAUUUUAGUAAAAUGUGUGUAUCAUCUAAACCUCACUCCCAACCCCCUGAAAGCCUUUAGGAGUAUGUGUGUCUGUCCAGAUGUGUUUCUUUAAAUAAUAAAGCUCCACCAUUAUUUUCAUA